AUGGCAGGAGGUUACACCUGUUCUCAAUGCAUCCAGGUGCUCCGGCAAGGUGUCCGCACCGCCGGACAUCCCGCUCGUCUGCAGAGCUUGUCGCAUUCCCGCCGGCGAUGCGCCAUUCCCCCAUCAUGGACUCGCAGCUUCGGCUCUGAGCGCAGCAACAACCGCAUUCUGGGAGUGCAAGCGCCCGCAGAUUCGAGCAAUGGCGUGUCUCACAAGUCCUCUCAGACGAUCAUCAGGCCAUCGGCUACUACUCCGGCUACAUCCAAGUCCUACUCCCAGCAGGCAGCCUCUACCUCGGUCGACUCCCGAGCGCUCUUGAAACCCAAUAACCUCUUCCACUCCUUCACCAACUCACCCUCACCCGCCAUUCGCCAACGCGCCGCCUUCAUCAAACAAAACGCCUUCUGUCCGCACCCUAGUCACCAGCAGACGCGCGCGCCCUCGUCCCCGCAUGAUCCGGAAGCUCGCAAGACCUCCCCCACAGACGCGUCAAGCCAACCCCCUGCGCACUCGCACUUCGAAUGUCCCGACUGUGGUGUGCCCAUCUACUGCUCCGAGGGACAUUGGAUGGACGAUUUCGAGGCCCACCUGGAAGUCUGCGAGACGAUCCGUCAGAUCAAUGAGGAUGAUCAUGAUUUGCAUUCGGGCCGUUUCUUCCCGGAGUUCUCGUAUCCCGGGGUGCAGGAUGAUAACUAUGUGAUCAACAUGACUAACUGGGAUACCUACAUGUAUACUCGGGAGUUUGAGGCGGUUAAUUCGGAUCGGUCGAUGCGUCAGGUCACUCGUAUGCUCACGUAUCCGCAGACGAUUGCCAGUGUCUUGCAUGAGUUGAGCCCUUAUAGUGUUCGGGGAAGAAAUCGGUUGACGGCGGAGGGAUUGAAGAGUAUGAGCGCCCUGCGUUAUUCCCUCCAUCCUCCCAAGACUGGUGAAGAUAUCGACAUCAAGGGUCUGCGCCUGAAGGCUCCUCCUGUCCGAAUCUUCAUCCUCGGUGCCCGUGCCGAAUCUUCCCUUCCCCGCGACGUCUGGCUGCAGCUUUCAUACAUGUUCCCCCGUUCCCUGCUGCAUCUCAUUUUCAUCGGCCCCGAGGCCAUGGCCAACCGCGACGCCGAGUUCCCUCUGCCCGAGCGAACGCCCUCCAACCCAUUUGGCGGCAUCGUCGAGGACCGUCUUGGUGGUCAAAUGAAGAUCUCGACCUACGUGGACUACUUCCACACCAUGUAUGAAGCGCAGUACUUCCAGCCCUUCGAUCCGUACUUGGACUGCUUCAUGCUGUUCCACCCCGGUCUCGGCCACCCUGCCUCUUCGCACGAAUGGGCCCGCACUCUGCCCCAGCUGUUGGAGACCAAGGUGCCGAUUCUGUGCACGGGAUACACUCAGUGGGACAUGGAACGUGACAUCAACUGGGUGCAUGAGAAGUGUGCUGGAGAAUUUGAUAUCCUCUUGGAACCGGGUGAGAAUAUCUUCCGCAGUUUGCGGUGGGAUUUGAAUGAUAUGGAUCCUCAUGAUGUGACAUGUGGAAACUGGGGAGUUUGGGGAUUCCGUGGAAAGAGAUACGAAGCUACACUCAAGGACUGA